AUGUCACUUAAUAUUGAGUUACCAGAUUCAACGAUGAAUAGUAUAGACAAUAUAAAUUUUAGUUCAUCUUCGAUAUUAACAAAAGAGGAAUGUAUAUUGAAAAUCUGUGAAAUUGUUGAGUUAGAUGAUUCUGAUCAAUCAAAACGAAUUGCGGAAAAAUCAAUUACUGAUGGUAGAAAAGCUUUACAUGAUUAUGAUCAAGAUCUUUCACCGCGAAUACUUCGUGACGAAAUUGAUGAAAGUCAAAGCGAGGUUUUAAAAUUAUUAAUACGUUAUAUUGAACAAGAAUGGUACAGAAACACUCCUGAAUGGUUUCAACAAUAUCUUCAACAAAAAAAAACUGUUUCAUCUAAUAUUUAUAAUCAAAUUUUAAUACGAACUGCUGAUUAUGGAUCAAAAUUUAUCAAAGAAAAUCUUUUAUUAUCAUUAAUUAUUCAAUUUCUAUUUGAAUUCGGUGAUAAACGUAUUCUUGAAACACCAACUAUCGAUCAAAUACGGGAAAAUUUAAUAGCCGAUGGUCGUCAAGGUAUUGAACAAUAUGCAGAUGAUAUUGCUUUAAAUGUUAAGGAAGAACAGUUAAAGAACGAUGAAAGUCCAUUAUAUUUAGCCUUACAAGAUUAUUAUUGUAAAUCAUUGAAAAAUCUAUUUGAAGAUCCUGAUGUUGCCAUUCAACGAGCUAAUACAAUUAAAAUAGCUUUAACUUGUGUUACUAAUGAUGGAUGGUGGAAAGGAUUACAUAAUAAAAAAUUUCAAGAUGAAAUAGCACAAAAAAAAUUUAAAAAAUUAAUCGAAAAAUUAAUUGAUUAUUUAAAUAAAAACAAAAUACCGACACCUGUUGAUGCAUUAUCGAAUGGUAAUUCAACAAAUUCAUCACUUAUCAAUUCAGCAUCAUCAUCAUCAGUCUCAUCACAACCGAGUGCAAUAACUACAUCAACUUUUUCAUCAAAUCAAAGUUCAAAUAGCUCAUAUAUUCAAAUAAAAUCUUCAAUUUUAAAUGAAACAAAACCGAUCUCAGUAAUAACAACAAAUAUUGAUGAAGAGAAAAGAAAUGACGAAUGUAAAAUUAUUAUAAAGUGUAUCAAUGAAGAUGAUAAAUUAAAAUUAUCUCAUUUAGUUGAAGCUGGAGAAUUGAUAUAUAUUGAUAAAAAAUUAAAUGAUGUUAUAGAUAAGAUUAUUAAUGAUUAUGCUUGUCAAAAAUAUUUUUCUUUAUUUAUUAAUAAUUGCCUUAUACCAAUGAUGUAUUUAUUAAAAAGACAUCAAAAUCUUGAUGAUUUUAUUGAAGGUUUAUUUCAAAAAUAUGACGAAUUAGAAUUAUCAUUAAAAUCAACUUAA